CUGUGCGCGGCGGAAGUAGCGACCGGGAAAGAGGGAAAGGGACCCGCUGAGCUUUGCCAAGGGCACCGUUCUCCUCCUAUUCCUCCCCCUACUAUUCUUCCUCCGCGGGAAUCUCCGGGCGGCCGCACGUGCUGCUGAGCUCAGGCUCCGCCCCUUCCCGCCCCCUGCCCGGGCGCGGCCACGCGGCUGCUUUCCUGUGUCGCCGAGAUGGCGCUCGACCCGGCAGAGCAGCAUCUCAGACAUGUCGAAAAAGAUGUUUUGAUUCCUAAAAUAAUGAGAGAAAAGGCCCGAGAGAGAUGUUCUGAACAAGUUCAAGAUUUUACCAAAUGUUGCAAGGAUUCUGGAAUCCUUAUGGUAGUAAAAUGCCGGAAAGAAAAUUCUGCAUUGAAAGAAUGUCUAACAGCUUACUAUAAUGAUCCCACCUUUUAUGAAGAAUGCAAAAUGGAAUACCUGAAGGAAAGGGAAGAAUUCAGAAAAACUGGAAUUCCUACCAAGAAAAGGCUACAGAAGCUUCCAACAAGCAUGUAGGCAAAUAUUCAAAUGAUACUCAGUAACUCUUUUCAUGGAAAUCACAGUUACCUAAAAUAAUGGACUCAAAGAAGUUUGUUUGCUUUAUCCUAAAUUAUGGAAAUACUAAUUUUAUCUGAAAUAAAGAUUUUUAAAAAAACAAA